AUGGCAGAGGCGGAAGAAGCACGCCUGCGUCGCGUCAUCGCCGCCGGCGCCCGUGCGGCUGCUCGCCUCGACACCAGCUCGACGAGCGCCAAGCUCAAGCAGGCUGCGGGACGGGUUGCAGCCGGCGCCACUGCACAGCACGACCUCGCGCUGCUCUGCUCGCGGCAAGGGCGCGGCUCUGAAGCAGAUAGGCUUCUGCGGGCGUUGGGUAUGCGCCACCGGCUUUCGGUCUCCAUUUUCGCGCCGCCAUCGACGGCGACGCCUAGCCCUGCUGGCCUCUGUGGUGCUCCAAUAGUGCUCGACGGCGUGCUUCCGCCAGCCGUGAUCGCGGGGCUGCAGCGAGCGCUGCGACCGGGAGCUGCCUUCUGGGAGGAGCACGGCUAUCCCACGCCGUGCUUCUUCUCGUACCGGCACGACCUCACGGCCUCCAAACCACCGCUCCUCCUCGUCGAGCAGGCUGCCCGCCUGCUGCAGCCGCUGAUGGAGCGGCACGCCGCCGACUUGUACCCGGGAGGCGGCGGCGGCGGCGGCUCGGCGGCGCCUCGCCUGAGGACGGUUGAGUGGUGGGCUCACACGCGGAGCAGCCGCCGCGCGCUCCACCAGCUGCACUUUGACCUCGACGAGGCGACGCUCCUCUCGGGCGGCGGCACGCGCCACCCCCUCGUCUCGUCGGUGCUCUACCUCGGCGGGAGGAAGGCGGCGCCAACCAUGGUCACCACGCAGACGCUCGCCUCCGGGUCGGGCGACGCGGCGGCAGAGGCGACCCACUCCCGGCCCCAGGCUGGCCGCGCGCCGUCCAGCGCGUGGGUGACGCGGCGCACGUGCGUGCUGCCGGAGAGCCUCGCUCGCGGCGAGGGCGAGGGCGAGCGAGAGGAGGAGGGCGAGGAGGAGGGCGAGGAGGAGGGAGGCCGGCUGACGCUCAUGUUUGGGUGGCCGCCGGCCCCGCUCUUCCCGUGCAUGCGCCUGCCGGCCCCGGCGGCUUGCGCCGGCGCCACCUGCCCGGCGAGUCGAGCCCCCCCGGCGGCGGCAGCGGCCCGCCGCGACGCGCGCUGGCGGAGCGUGCCGGGCUGGAUGGCGGAGCUGGCGGCGCUGCCCGAGGCUGCGCCGACCGAGGCGGGGGAGGGAGGGGGGGGGGCUCGAAAGCGCGUGCGCGUGAGCGCGCAGGGUGUGGCGGGGGCGGUGCAGUACGUGGGCAAGGCGCCGCGUCUGCUGCAGCGGCUCGGGCCGGGCUCCGUACAGUUCCACACGCUCUUCUUCCUCCGCUCCUUUGACGAGAUUGAGGAGCUGGGGCGGAGGCCGGAGGAGCGGGACGCGGUGGUCGUGGCUGGGCGUGGUGGGGAGAGCGGGUCGGAGGAGGAGGAGGAGGGGAUGGACUUGGCGAGCGCGCUAGCCUUGGCGGAGGAGCAGCGGGCGGAGGCCUUGCACCGGCGCCAGCGGCCCCGCAAAUGA